AUGACAACAUGUCGAGGCUAUUUGGGGUCUGCAGCGUUCGAUGGGCACUUGUAUGCAGCAGGAGGAUUGGUAGCGCUGGCCGUUGUCAACGGAAGGCUAUACGCGGUUGGUGGGUAUAAUGGUUCUACCGACUGGACACCGUUGAAGUUUUUGAUCCCGAGGAAAAUCAGUGGAUAA